AUGGCUGGGCAGAAUGAGGAGCUGUCAACUCCCUCAGAGACCCGAGAAGGCCUGCUUGUUGUAGCCUGGCUCUUAAAGGCAACGCAGAUCAAGGCACAGCCAGAAGGAAAAGUUGACAAAUUCAGCAGCUACCUGGCUUUUGAGCAACCCAGCUCAACCUCGCACCACGUCUGCCUGUGUGCUGCCAUGUUCUCCUACCAUGAUGAUAGAAUAGGCCAAGCCUCUGAAACUAUACGUCCCAAUGAAAUGCUGUCUUUUAUAAAAGUUGCUGUGGCCGUGGUGUUUUCUCACGGCAAUAGGACAGUGACUGACACACCAUUACUCUUUCAAGAAAUCACUGAGCAGCUAGACAUAACAACUAGUGGAUAUGAAAAGGAAAAGCUGAACAAGAGACUCGCUAAACUUUCAGAUGGAGUGGCUGUGUUGAAGGUUGGAGGAACAAGUGAUGUUGAAGUGAAUGAGAAGAAAGACAGGGUUACAGAUGCUCUCAAUGCUACAAGAGCAGCUGUUGAAGAAGGCACUGUUCUAGGAGGGGGCUACACUCUGCUUCGGUGCAUUCCAGCCUUGGAUUCAUUAAAGCCUUCUAAUGAAGAUCAAAAAAUAGAUAUAGAUAUUAUUAAAAGAGCACUCAAAACUCCUGCAAUGACAAUUGCUAAGAAUGCAGGUGUUGAAGGAUCUUUGAUAGUUGAGAAAAUUCUGCAGAGUUCCUCAGAAGUUGGUUAUGAUGCUAUGCUUGGAGAUUUUGUGAACAUGGUGGAAAAAGGAAUCAUUGAUCCAACAAAGGUUGUGAGAACUGCUUUACUGGCUGCUGCUGGGGUGGCCUCCUUGCUAACUACAGCAGAAGCUGUAGUGACAGAAAUUCCUAAAGAAGAGAAGGACUCUGGAAUGGGCACAAUGGGUGGAAUGGGAGGGGGUAUGGGAGGUGGCAUGUUCUAAUUCCUAGAAUAGUGCUUUGUUUACCCUUAUCAAUGAACUGUGACAGGAAGCUCAAGGCAGGUUCCUCAGCGGUAACUUCAGAGAAGUCACCUGAAGAAAAUAACUGAAGAGAAGGCUGGCUGAUCACUAUAACCAUCAGUUACUGGUUCCCAUUGACAAUAUAUAAUGGUUUACUGCU